AUGAGAAAUCGAAACACCCCUUCGCCCUAUCGACCGGGCGCAUUCCACUUCACGAGAGCCUUCAUCUGGCUCUCCACCCUGAUCGUGACCGGUAUCAUGAUCUAUUUCGUCGUGCAUCUACACUCGGACGGCUUCAAAGUUCCAUACGCAUUUCUCAUCAUCCUAAUAACAUGCCUCCUAACCCUCAUCAACCUGCUCCUCACCACUCUUCUCUACGCCCGCAACAGUCUCCGACCCGUCUUCUCCCUAUCCGCAAACGUAAUCCUCCUCAUCCUCUGGAUCAUCUCCCUCGCCUUUCUGGGGUACAGCAUGCGCGGCACAUUAAUGACGACCUGCAACGUCGAUUCGUGGGGAACAUCCACCGGGGUGAUGGUGUGCAGGGUAUACAAGACGCUUUUCUCGUUCAUUGUUGUUGCGACCGUAUUUACCUUCGUACAUACCAUCAUCGAUGGAGUCGCGAGGAAAGACCAACGAAAUCUGGCUGUGCUGGCGGCGUAUGACUCGAUGAAUAAUAAUGCUAGUUACGGCGGGCAGGAUUACAAGUUACAUGCCCGAGGUGAAAGUGCCGUCCCUCUUGCUGCUGUCCCCGCCGUCCCCGUUCACGACGAGAGCCGUCCAGACCCCAAUGCUACCCGUGCGGAUGUCUACAAUGCGCUUGGGACGGUGCGGCAUGAUGAUACGGCGCAGCAGCAACAAUACCAUCAGCAGUUUCAGCCUCAGGGCGGCCAUGAUGUGGAAUAUUACGAUGGUGUCCCGGAUGUCCCCCCUGCGAAUGGGGUGAGAUGGGCUUCGGCGGCGGCGACGAGACAGACCCCGUACUCGCCGUUACAUACGAGGUUUGAUGAACAGCAGACGGGUUAUGAGGCAUUUAGGCCGCAUCGGACUCCGUAUGAUGAGGGUGGAUAUGGAUACAGGGGAUAA